AUGUCGACGCUGCUGGAUCUGAAGAGCAGUGUGCUAAGACAAGUCCAGAGGAGUCAGUCCCUGCGAAGCAGGAGGGAACCACCGACCCCGGUCAGCAGCCCUCUGACACACCGCUCCGGCACCGUGGUCCAUAGGGUUUCGAAGGGUAACGGCGAGUUCUUUGAGCGCAUGAAUAGAAUCCUCCAGAAGCAGGAUAGCAUACUGUCUGCCACGCAACCUGAGGGUGAGAGCUGCUCCUCUCCUCCGCCGCCAGAGCAUGCGGAGCAGGUUUUUGUUCCGGAAAGAUCCACCAGGAGAGAGCUGGACCUCCUAUAUGAAGAAGCUGUGUACACAGUGGUCAAUCGAGUAGGAGUGCCAUCCCCUGAGUACGUGACCAAUGAAGGAGACAUCUUCAGCUACCUACAGAAAGUCUUUGAUAUGGGACAAGAGGAGCAUGACAUUAUACUGCAGAGAGUGAGAGAAUCCAAGAGAGCGAGCUUUGCCCUCAGGGUUUCCGUCAUGAAAGCAAAGAACCUCAUGGCUAAAGAUGCUAACGGAUACAGUGACCCGUACUGCAUGCUGGGAAUUCUCCUGGGCCAGAGUCCCAAGGAGACGGAGGAGAGAAAGGAGAGGAAAUUCAGCUUUCGUAAGAGGAGGGAGAAGUUGGAGAAGCGCUCCAGUGUCAAAGAGGUGUUGGCUGCGAGGUGUAUCCAGGUGACUGAUGUCAAAUCAGAGACACUCAACCCGGUGUGGAACGAACACUUUGUUUUUGAUAUCGAUGAUGUUCAUAAUGAUCUACUCCAUCUGGACAUAUGGGAUCACGACGAUGAUGUCUCUGUCGCGGAGGCGUGCAAGAAACUCAACGAAAUAAGUGGAUUUAAAGGCAUGGGCAGGUAUUUUAAGCAGAUUGCCAAGUCUGUGCGUGCCAACGGAGCGGCGGCAUCUGGAAGCGAGGAGAACGCAGACGACUUUCUGGGGUGUCUAAACAUUCCCCUGAGCGAGAUCCCGGUUGUUGGAUAUGAUAAAUGGUUCAAACUGGAGCCGCGAUCCAGUGCAUCCAAAGUGCAGGGGGAAUGCCAUCUGAUCCUAAGGCUGUUCACUACCCAGAGGGACACGGCUUUGAGCAAGAUGAUUUCAAAUGUGGCCAUUCACAAGAAGAUGCUGAGUCAGAUUUUGGAGUAUGAGCACGCUCACAUUAAGAAAGAACCUUACAACUGGAAUGGACAAGUUAGUCCACCGGCUUGGACUGUGCUUUCCCAUCAUGCAGUGCAAGCUGACCUUUCACCCCUCCAACAGGCUAUCAUACGCUGGCAUUGCUACAGCAGUCAUCAUCUCUCUCAGAGGAUGUGCUACUCUCUGCUCCUCCGGCUGCUCAAGACCAUCGAGGCUGAGUGGGAUGCCUCAGCUGUCCACGGGGAGCUGGGAAGUGAGCUGGCGGAAAGCUUCAGACUCUACUGUGACUACUGCUUGUCUCUGAUGAAGAACAUGCGACAGGUAUUCCCCUGCACCAACCCUGCUGCUGUCACGCGCUGUGAACUUAUGCUGAGGAGUAUAGGGCACAUGCAAACCAUGCAAGCAUUCAAGGUGGCUUGCCCCUCCCGUAAUGAGCUCCACCUGGAAAUCGCGACCGUCAUUAAGAAAGGAACACUCGAGUGGUACGAAGCAACAAUCUCACACUUCAAACCAGAUGAAGGGACUCUUGAAGAGCAGUUGUCGCGUCUGGUUCAAGUGGUGGAUGCAGUUUGUGCCGAUGUUCGAACAGGACAGAACAUCUAUAAUAAGCUCUACUACAGCUCAGUAAAAGUGGAUUUUUUCAGCAUCUCAUACCGACAGCUCGAGAAACUGGUGGCAGAUGACGUGAGCGUUGCCAUGGAGAGGGUUUGCGGGACCCUGGAGCAGGAGAGCUCUCGUCUCACCCAGACCAUGGGGGAGACCCUCUUUGAGCUCUACAUGUCUCUGAAGACCCUCAAACGCUUCAGGGAGUUCCUGCCUCUCAAGGAUGCUAAAAUGUUGGCACUGACUGGCUUUCAUAACUGGUUCAAAACCUCCAUCCACAAGUGGCUGCAGAUAGUUCACGAAAGAUCGUGCGACCGGAUCCGAAGAGCGGUUGAGAUGGACCAGUUGGAGCCUGUCCAGCAGCAGGCCAAACACAGCUCCUCCGCGGUGGAGGUGACCACGUGCUUCAGCCAGGUGCGGGAAUUCUGGGCCGAACUCGCCUGGCCCGACUCAGCGGGCGCCUUCAUCUUCAUCACCCGUCUGACAGAUAAUUUCUGUAGCGAGGCGGUGUGUUACUCUGAGCUGAUAAAACAUAAGAUUGAGAGGACGCAGCUGGGACGAGACCACAAAAGCCUCACGGUGCAGCUGUGUGUUGCGCUGAACAACACGGAGCAUGUCCGGGUGUACCUGGGGGGCCUUCCACGCGACCUGGACUGGCGGGGAGUGGAACAGGCCAUGGAGGAGUCGUGUGGAGCGGAGGGAAAGGAGCAGGUCAACAAGUCCCUGAACGGCCAGCUUUACAAUGCCGACAUCGACCUCCAGAGGGAGGCCAAACGCCUCAUCACCCACCUGACUGAUAAGAUGCUACCAGAUUUAAAAAGAUACAUACAACACAUUAGCCUUUCUCCAGACUCCAUAAACAACGAUGAAGCAGUGUCUCCUCUGAUGAAAUACCUUGACAACACUGUAGCCAUCCUCAAUGAGUCACUGGUCAAAGAAACUCUGGCACGGGUUCUCCAAUGCCUAUGGGAGGUUCUCCUCAGAAUGAUUUUGGACACUGUGGCAGAGAACCGAGGUGUUCAAGUGGAGUUCUAUAACAGGUUCCAGUAUACCGUUGAGACUCUUGUGCAGUUCUUCCACGCUGAAGGAGACGGCCUGCUUCUGGAAGACCUGAAGAGCGGAGAUUACAAGGCCCUCGAAGAGGAGCUACGUCUGAACAAAUGCUCCUCCUUUGAGCUGAUCGAGCAAUACUUUCUGGAGAAAAUCUCACAGCAGAGGAUCCUAAAGCACAGCCGGUUCGGCCGCAUAAGCGUGAAAUGUUACUAUGAUGCUCCAGAGCAGAGGCUUACGGUGGAAAUUCUUCACGCCGCCGACUUGAUCGCUCUGGACGCAAACGGUCUCAGCGACCCAUUUGUCAUCGUGGAACUCUGUCCUCACCAUCUCUUCCCAAUGGCUAAGAGCCAACGCACUCAAGUCAAGCUGAAGACUCUUCAUCCUGUCUUUGAUGAGCUCUUCUACUUCCACGUAAGCCCUGAGCAGUACAGACACAGGUAUGCCUGUUUGACCUUCACUGUGAUGGACUAUGACUGGUUGUCCACCAAUGAUUUUGCGGGCGAGGCAGUGGCCCCGCUGAGUGACUUCUGCUGGCCGGGCAGACCGAACGCCACCCCCGCCGGCAAGACUGUGCAACCCUUUAUCUUGCACCUGUCCCGCCAAAAACCCAGCGAAAAGCCCAUCAUGAAGAUGCUGGAGGCGAGGACUGGCGACCGAGAAGCACAGGAGUUUGUCCGAAGACUGAAGGAGAUUGAAAAAUCAAUGGAAGAGGAGUAA